AUGGAUCUCGUACAAACGGUGCGCAAAGAAGGAAGCCGCGGCGGUCGCGCCGACUUCAAAUGGGAAGAUGUCAAGAACGAUGCACAACGCGAAAACUAUCUCGGCCACUCGCUCAUGGCGCCUGUUGGUCGCUGGCAACAAGGACGUGACCUGAACUGGUAUGCAAAAGGCGACGAAGAAUCCAAAGAAGCCGAGGCAGCGCGCAUCAAAGAAGAGAAGCGCAAGCUGAAGGAGGCUGAGGAGGACGCGAUGCUGGCUGCUAUGGGCUUGCCGGUUCCGGUACGCAACAACGCAAACCUGACGCCGCUGGGCGAGAAGGCACACCAGGCAGAUGUCAAAGACACAUUAGACGAGAAGGCCAAGGCGGAAGAGGAUGACGACAAGGCGAAGAAAAGGGAGAAGAAGGAACGUUCGCGGAGACACAGGGACGAUGACGGAGAGCGAAGGCGACGGCAUCGAUCACGGAGUCGCUCACGCGACAGAGAGCGAAGACAUAGACACCGAGAUCGCUCACGGUCGCACGACAGGCGGAGAGACGAUGGUCGCGAUGACAGACGCAGACAUCGAUCGCGAAGCCGCGACCAUAAGCGAAGGGAAGAUUAUACAGAGCGCAAGCGCGAACCUGACGUCCAUGCGAAGCGAUCAAGGUCACUCUCCAGAGACCGUAGACGUCGGAGAGAUACAAGGAGCAGGUCACCGCACAAGAGGAGCGAGAGGAGGAGAGAUUGAACAUGGGCCGCACAAGGACCAAACCUUGCAGCGCAGCCUUUGUUCAACUGCGGGCAUUAUCGAGUCGUAGACGGACAUUACAUUAUCAUGUUCACUUGUGCAUUGUGGAGCUUAUGUAGGUUUAGCAGUACCCUUCGACUCCAGAUAUUGAUGGAAUUGAAGUCAUGGAUUCUCUAUGAGUAACGGUCCGCUCCAUAUGCUGGAAAAAGCAACUCCACACAGCAGCUGCAUUACCCCAGUCUAUACCCACAUUCCCCACGUGCCCAGUUCCGAUCGUA